GUGUCAUUCCACUCGCAUUCAUUUCGUUUGAUUAGAAGGCUGUACUAUUCGUUCUUCGCAGUUUUUGUUCGUUUUCGUCGCUUAAUUGUCAAAAUAGUUUUAUUGUAAUCACGUCACGAAGCACCUCUAACACUUGAAUAUUCAUAGAUAGUGAUUGUGUUAAAAACAUGUCGUUAAUCGUGUAGUGAUUUUGUGUUUUUAUUCAGUCAUUAAUUAUCAAGUCCAAAGUGCGUGUUUUAAAAUAAUAUUUUGUGUGUUGUGAUUAUAAUUGAUACGUGCCAAAUAUGUCUCUGGAAGAGAAAUUUAAUGCUGCGGUCAAUGUUAUCCGUAGCUUGCCGAAGAGCGGGUCGUACCAGCCGAGCAAUGAGUUGAUGCUUCGUUUCUACAGCUACUUCAAACAGGCGACGGAAGGCACCUGUGAUAAGCCCAAACCUGGUUUCUGGGAUGUAGUCAACAGAGCAAAAUGGGAAUCAUGGAACAAACUGGGCAACAUGACGCGAGAAGAAGCCAUGCAGGCCUACGUAGAUGAAUUACACAAGAUAGUAGAAACGAUGUCAUACAACUCUGACGUGGCGUCCUUCCUCUCGGUGGACGACGACGAGCAGGGCUUCCCCAACACCGACCUGGAGCUGGUCGCGGGCGACGUGCUGGCCAGGGUCCGCUCGCAGCAUAACUCGCCUGUCUGUUCUCGCUCGGUGAGCGGCGCGUCGUCCCCGGUCCGCGGCCCGUCGCCGCCGCCGCGCGCUCGACACGACUCCGACGACGAGUUCAUCGAUACUGUCGAUAGCGAGCCAGAAGCGGCGCCCCCUGCGCCUGCGCCGGUCCGUCAGACCGCGUCACGACUCAGCAACGGACACGCGCACCAGAUCACUUCACAACUUACACAUCUGAAGGUUUUGGAGCAGCUGCCGGGCACGCUGGCGCGGCUCGAGGCGGACGUAGCCGCUUUAAGAAAGGCCGUUGAGGGCGACCGCAGGAUAUUAGAUUCCGGCUGGCGCUGGCCGUGGCAGGAGCUGAGCGCGCCGACGCUGGCGCUGCUGCUGCUGUGGCCGCUCGUGGCCUACCGCCUCGUCAACAGGCAGCGGCGCACGUAACGUAACAAAACUCUUCAACUGCUAGCUAGUAAGGGAAUACUGGAUGUGACUCGCUCGCGCCGCGGCUUCGCCCGUGUCGAUACAGUUAGUGUAUUUUGUACAUUCUAUUAUAUUUCACGUCACUAUGUAUUUUAUUAGGUACACAUGCAGAACGACAGACGGAUAGACUUGUUUUGAAUAUAGGUCGUGGUUUGUCUCCGGUUGGGCAAACCUUAAAUAGAUAAAGUACCACAAUUAUACACUUACGUAUUUGUGAUAUCGGCCUGGAAGAUCCCACUGUUGGACAAACGCCUCUGUCAUAAAAAAAGAAAUUCUUAUAAGAUCAGUUUUUUGUCCGUCUGUUUGUCUGUCUCUCUGUUUUAGUUAGUGAAUUAGAUAACUUUAUAAUAUAUAUUUAUUGUGACAAUUAUAUUCAUAUCUCUGUUAUCAAGAAUAAAUGUAAUGUGACAAUUGAUUUUUAAUUUUUAAUAUACUGUGAGAAUUGACUUCAAAAUAUAAUGGUUUUCAACUAAGUGUCUUAAAAACGUAAAAUAUUCUCUUCAUUUCAAGCACUUUAAAACUAUAAAUACCUAAUGACAAAAAUAAAAAGUAGUACUCGUAUUUAUGUAUUUUGUGUCAAAUAAAAUACAUAGUGACAAUAUACAGAGUGUUUCAAAAGUACUUUGUCAUAUUUAAGUUUCGUGCUUGCCCGUGGAAAUAAACAAUUUCGAAACAAGUACAUAAAUGUAUUUAGUAAAAGAAUUGUUUUUCUCGUACUAAUAUCUAUAGCUAAUUGUAUUCUUCAUGAGAAUUGAGUUACUAUGGCUGGCAAAGAAAAUUGAUACUUUCUACGCACAUUAGUAACACUAAAAAAUAUGACCACGUACUUUCAUACCACCCUGUAUAUAUAGUUUAUACAUUACGAUGUUUUGGUUUAUGUAAACGCAUUAUUAUUGUGCAAUAUUUUCUAUUUUAUUUGACCAUAUAAACAAAAUUGAUUCCUAUGUCUGUACAGUAGGGUUGGUUUUUACAUAAUUUCUGUCACUGUUGUCAAAUAUACCAUUUACAAUGAAAGAUAUUUUAGACGAAGCGAGGAAUAUCAUACGAAUUUAAGUACAUUGCGGAGUCUUGUAGCUAUGGUAUUAAAAGUGAUGUAUCUUAGCCAGCAAUGUAUCCUAUUAUGUACAAUGUUUCUAGCUUCAACUAAAUGAGGUCUAAAGAGAAUUGAUUUUUGUUUUCAAUUGUUAAUGAUGGAAUAACUUGUCAUUCAAAUUAGACGCCUGGAAGAUAUUUUAUGUAUCUUCUUCCGUACUUAUCCGAUAGAUAUAGUAAAAUAUUUACUACUUGAAGAAAAGUUGGGGAAGGGAGUUUUUUAGCCCAGCUCUGUGUUAAGAAAAGCUAAGAGAAAAAAAAUACCAGCAUACCGUUACUGGGCACCGGUCUCUCUCCAUAUAGGAAAGUUUUGAGCAUCGAUCACCACGCUAGUUGGUGAAUUAUUAAUUGCUACGGCAUCAAAAUCUUGUCUUAUAAAAAUGAUCUUUAUCCUCCACAGAUUAAAGCUCUAAUUUGAAUAACAAGUUAUCUGCUAUUUUUUUUCUCUCAAUAUAAAAUGCGUUUGCAUUACCGUGUAUUGCAUUUUCAUGUUUAUUGUGAAAGUCUUGGCGAACAUGUAAGGGUAUUGGUUAUUAUAAGUUUAUUUUUAAAUUAAAUCCUAAAACAAUGAGUUAAACGUUAUGCCUCGACCAUAAAUUAUAGACAAUUGUUGUAUAAUAUAAUCUCACAAAAAGUUCAAGAAUUUGUGUCAAAGAAAAAAUAAUAUUAUGUAUGAAAAAUGUGUGUAAUUUUAAUGGUACCAUACAUUUCAAACGUCAUAUUUUACCCGUUAAUGUUAUUAGAAUAUCGUACAUAAUUACAUUAGGUGUUAGAUAGAAAAAUGACCUUUCUGCUUCUGUUAUAUAAAGACCACAUAUUAUUGUAAAUAUUUUUUCGCUUCGGACAGAUUGAUGUCUAUUCAUUUAAUGCGAAAUUGUUGUUUUUAUUUAUUUGUUCAAAUCAAUUAUUAGAUGCAAUGCAAAUUAUAUAUAUAUUCACGAAUAUUUUAUUAUUGUAUGUAACAUAAAUAAUAGUUCAAAUUGUUGGUACAUAAAGACCAAGACCUGGACCAAACAUUUGUCCAAUACACAAAAAAGGAAUGUACAAAUUUCAUUAGUACUCAAAGGAAACUUGGAACAAACAUUGGUUCCAAUCACAAAUAUUUAUCUCCAACCUUGGUCCAAGCUCUCAGUUCCAUAAUAUUUUAUCACAUUAAAUCGAUAUCGCAUUUAUCGAGGCAAACGUUAUGUAAAAUGU